GAAUAUGCUUUGGCUCUGCUCUGCAAAUAUCCCUUUUCUCUCUGCUAAUCCUUUUGAUUAUUAUAACCUCUCUGUUUCUCUUUUGUCUAUAAGCUAUUAUAUUCGUCUCUUUUCAAUUUCUGUUGGUUUGUUUUGAUCGUUCAAAUUCGUUAUCUGUGAUUUGGACUUGUGGUGAUUUGGAUAUGGAGCUCGUUCAGGACUUGGUUUGGACCGCCUCGGUGGCCCUGAUCCUCUCUUUCUUCGUCGCCAAGCUCGUCGCGAUCGCCAUGGCGGACCGCGAACCGGAAUCGGAGUUCAAGGUCAGUGAGAGUGUCGGCGAUGGAGUCGUUAUGGAGGAGGUGAUAUUCGAAGAGAGGCUGAGAGUCGAAGAGGUUUAUCAGAGCCAGAGGAGGGUUGAAUUCGCCGCAGAAGUGAAGGAGGUUGAUCGAUUCGAAAGUAAACCGGUUCGUCCGGUCGAGGAAGUCGUCGAAUCGGUUCAGCACAGUCAAGGAGGAGAAGAGUCAGCGGCCGUUGAAAUUGCAAAGAAAUCCGACGACGGCGAGAAGGUGUCGGUUGAGAAAGCGAAUGACUCUGAUCCUUGUCAACGUGGCCGUGAUGAGGAGGAUCAGGAAAUUUCGGAGAAUAUACUACGGGAAGAAAUUGGUCCGCAAUCAGCACCAAACGACGUCGUUACAGCACAUUGCAGUGAAGCAAAGGGAAAGAUCGAAGCGGUUGAGGUGAAAUCGGAAAAUUACUACAGCGAUGAAGAUGACUGGGAAGGGAUUGAGAAGAGUGAGCUGGAUGAGGGUUAUACUGCGGCGGUGAAAUCUUAGGGAGGAUGAUUGGCUCCUAGGGCUUUGCUGUUAAUCUCAGGCUUUGACCCUUCACACUUCACAGCGUGCAAAGUGGUAUAAGAAAUUCCUGUUAUCCUCAAUCUGUUAUAUAUAAUUGAUUUGUGUAGCUAUUCAUAUA